AUGAAUUCUGGGAACAAAUCGCUACUUUUCUCGCCCAUAAAAAUACGUGGCGUAACCCUAAAGAACCGGAUAGUGGUGUCGCCGAUGUGCACCUAUUCCUGCGAAGACGGUAUGGUUAACGACUGGCAUCUCGUUCAGUACGGCUCGUUUGCGACGGGAGGCGCCGGUCUUGUGGUGUGUGAGGCGACUGGUGUGGAGGCCAGGGGUAGGAUUGCGCCCCAAUGUCCGGGACUAUGGAAAGACCAACAGAUCGAGCCCUGGCAACGGGUGACCCGUUUUCUCAAGUCUCAGGGCUGUGUACCCGGCAUACAGAUCGCCCACUCGGGCCGCAAGGGUAGUACUGUCCCGACUUGGAUCGGCAGGGAUUCAAUUGCCGAUAAGGACGGCGGGUGGCAGACCAUCGGCCCCACCGCCGAAGCGUUUGGCGCCGGUGUGACAAAAGUGCCUAAAGAGGCCACCGUUGAAGACAUUAAUGACAUUACGAGUGCUUUCGUGGCGGCGGCUCUUCGCGCCGUUAAGGCAGGCUUUGAGGUAAUAGAAUUGCAUUUUGCCCAUGGUUAUCUGGUAAGUAGUUUCCUAUCGCCGGCCACUAAUAAAAGGACUGACAAUUACGGCGGGAGUCUUGAGAAUCGGAUGCGUUUGGGUCUUGAGAUCGCGGAAAGUGUGCGAAAAGCACUGCCGGACGACAUAGUAUUGGGCGCCAGAGUUUCGGUCGCCGAUUACGCCGACAACGGCUGGGAUUUGAAACAAAGCCUAGAAUUUGCCAAACGUUUGAAACAAUUAUCGCUCGACUUCUUUGACUGCAGUUCCGGAGGUUUGGUCGCAAAUGUCAGUUACGACUGUCUCAACACAAAUGAAGUGCACAUCAAGUCGGCGGCUGUCAUACAAAAAGAGGUGGGAAUACCGACCGGAGCUGUCGGUAAAAUAACUGACCCGCACUUCGCCGAACAGAUCCUGCGAGACAACGGCGCGACACUCAUAUUCAUCGGCCGGGCUUUCCUUAAUAACCCGCACUGGCCUUAUAUGGCGGCCGACGCUUUCGCCAACGAUACUAACUUCAAGUACCCGAACCAAUACGACUGGUGUAUCGGUUGGAAAGGUUUUGCCAAAUGGAGAAAAGAUAUACAUAAAGACACCAAUAAUAACUAA